CACACACACACACAGAGGUAUGCACGUGUUGUGGCUGGGGAUUUUGAAAGCAGCUCAGGCGGAAGUGUCUGCUGUCAGAAUGGGUUUCAGAUCAGCUGCAUUUUCUCACUCAAGACUCUUCUUCUCUCCAGCUUGUGAAAUGUUCCUGUGUAGGAACCUCGAACUCGAUCUUCUCCUUCUUCUCCUGGUGGUUGUCUCAGCCUCUCUGCCACCCCCAUGUGAUGUUCAAAUGAUUGCAGUGAACCUGGACUACAUACUGCGCUGGGACUGGAAUUACACACAUCUCAAAAUCCCGGUCACCUUCACCGUUGAGUAUGUCUUCUCAGAUGCUGAAGAAGAUGAGAGAUUAUAUAAGCAGGCGUGUGAAGGUACCACAGAGAGGUGGUGUGAUUUCACACACUGCAGGCUGCCUUUCUCAGCAUCGUUUUUGGUUCGAGUAAGAGCCGAGGCCGGGCUGCAGCACUCCAACUGGACGGUUUUAAAUUUCACACCUGAUAUCGAUGGCAAGCUAGCGCCACCUGGCCCGGUGAAAGCGACGGCGGACAAGGACAUGUUGAUGCUUAUGAUACCCCAAUCGGUCAUGAGCGAUGUCAUGAAGGACCUGCAAUACAGGGUGCAGUACUGGGAGAAGUUUAACCCCAAUCAGAAAGGCACAGAGGUUUACGGCAGUCCACACGCCCCACUGAGGGCACUGAAAUCCGGGACCGAAUACUGCGUCCAAGUCAGCAUCUUCAGCUUGGAAUAUAACAAGAGCAGCAACUACACAUCUCCACUUUGCAUCUACACGAAAGAUCGCUCUUUGGCGUGGGUGGCGAUUCCCGCCGUGCUGUGCGGCGUUGUUCUUUCGGUAGUGUUAUUAUACAUAGGUCACAAAUUCAGACGCAAAUCUGAAGAAUACCCAACUCCUGAGAUCUUCCUAGAAUUUUCGUCUGCUCCUUUGCUCCUUGAAGCCCAGGAAGAGUGUUUCACUAUAGCACAAGUGAUCAUGCCAGCUAUACAGCCGGCGCACACACCACCGGAGGAAGAACAAGAGGAGGAAAAUGUACCAGAUCUCCAGGCUCCAGAUUUCAUGUGCCAUUGCAAGAAUAAUUCUGUGCAGGACUCUGGCUUCAGCUCUGGACUAGAGAGCUGAUCAGUUGUAAGGAAAACUAGUGGAAAAUGUGGAUUUGAAGAGUUAAAAAAAAAAGAACGGAAGCCCUCUGACAGGUUGAUGCACAAGGCCUCAUACCUGGCAGUUUUUGCUACACCAGAGAUCAGAAAUAAAAUUCUCAGAACGCCUUGUUCAACCUCGACAUCACGUGGAGAAAAAACUGUAAUGGAGGUCUGGGAAGAGUGCAGCAGAUUCUCUGAUGAUUCUCAAGGGAGACCUUGUGUGUUCAGAGAAUAUGACAACCAGUGCUGUGAUAUACCACGAACUCUUAAAGUAGUUAUUAUAAUAGCACGUUAUUAUAAUUGCAUAUUAUGAGAUGGUAUCAAAAAGUUUCGGGACUGGCUGUGUUUACAAGAAAGUACUUUAUUUAUCUACAUUUCAACAAUAUCACCUCAACAGUCUCCUUGCACAGCAGCAUGGCGCUCCCAGUGUUGAUCUGGAAGGUCCUGAAGUCCUAUUCGCGCCAGAUCACCGCGAUGGUUUUAAAAACGGCAACCUUCUGUCACCCGAAAACAGGAAGUGGAAACUACAGAAUCUUCAAUUCUUAACAACUUUGGACAACAACACUGGGAAAUUAUCUUUUUUUAUGUUAAGCUGUUCGUAGCCUGAGAUUCCUGUUCUUGGCUUGCAGAAGUGUCCUGAGGAAUCCUGACGUCGUAGUCCUUUCACCUCAAAAAUUUAUCCGUGUUGGAUUUCCGGUACGGCUCGAGUAACCACAGGAGAUAAAGGGUUGCCAAAAUACUUGAAAUACCAUCCCCUUAAACCCUUAAACCACUAACAAUGCUGUGAUGCUACAGAGACCACAUUUUAUCUUUGAUGUGAUUGGUUAUUAACUGGAUCUCCCAUAAUUAUGUAAUAAUGAUGUCAUUGUGCAUUGUAAGACCUACGUCUAUGGGAAUCACAUGACAAAAGAACAAACGACUCGGACCAGAGGACUCGUUAGCUGAACCGCUCCAUUCUGUUUCUUGUACUGUACGUAACCUACAGAGAUUUUGCGAUGCAUCGCUCACACGCAUCAUAUAAUAAUAAUAGUAUUAUUGCAGUGUUGCUUACAGGUUACAAUUUUGCACUGAGUAAUAUAUUUAGAAACGAUGACUGAAUGCACUGUUUCAAAAAUAAAACCAGUCUUUUGAAAAGGU